UUGAGUCAUCCGAUGCCACCCUUCCUUCACUAUUGAAGCCCAUCAUCAAUUCACUUUGACUAUCUCCUCAUCUCCUUUAUUAUCAUUUCAACUCUUGAGUUUCCCCUCUCCAUUUCUCAUCUCUCUUCUUACUUUCUCUCUCCUCACAAUGGCUGUAGAGUUGAUGAUGGGAGCUUACAAGAGUAGCAGCGAUAGUUUCGCGGCGAGGAUGGAAGAGAAUGCGGUACGAGAAGCCACGGCUGCCGGACUUCAGAGCGUUGAGAAACUCAUCAAAUUACUCUCUCAAAGUCAGCAUCAACACCAUAACCACCUCCAAAACCAACAACACCCAACUUCCGAAGACUCUCUCGCCGCGACGUCAAAUCAAGAUGAUGAUUCUGAUUAUAAGAUGGUUGCUGACCUUGCUGUAAACAAGUUUAAAAAAGUUAUCUCCCUCCUUGACCGCACUCGUACAGGCCACGCUCACUUUCGACGCGGUCCUCUCCACCACCCUCAGCAACUACAACAACCACAACCUAAACCAAUUCAAGUCCAACCACCGCAACCACAACCAUCACAACAACUACUACCGCAACCAAAACAACAACAACAACCACAGCUGGUGUUAGAAAGUAAGCCAUCACACGGCUCAGCUUUUACAAGAGUAUAUAGUUCAUCAUCUCAGAUCCAACGGCUACCACCUCUUCCUCACAAUAACCAUCCUGUGCAGUACAGUGCGCCCCUUGGCCUCCCUAAACCAAUCGACCGAAAAGACUCAUCCACAACCAUAAACUUCUCAUCUUCACCGGCCAUUUCAGCGACUAAUUCAUACAUCUCAUCUCUAACCGGUGACACAGACAGCGUACAACCGUCGAUAUCUUCGGGAUUUCAAAUUACCAAUUUGUCCCAGGUCUCUUCUGCCGGUAAACCCCCACUUUCUUCCUCCUCUUUCAAAAGAAAGUGCAACUCCAUGGAGGAUUCCAAGUGCGGUGGAUCCUCUGGCCGUUGCCAUUGCCCCAAACGAAGGAAGUCAAGAAUGAAGAGGGUUGUAAGAGUACCAGCGAUCAGUGUUAAGAUGGCUGAUAUUCCACCAGAUGACUAUUCAUGGAGAAAAUACGGUCAGAAGCCGAUCAAAGGAUCUCCACAUCCAAGGGGUUACUACAAAUGUAGCAGCGUUAGAGGAUGUCCAGCCCGCAAACACGUGGAACGCGCGUUAGAUGACGCGGCCAUGUUGAUCGUGACAUACGAAGGCGAUCACAGCCACCCGCAGUCCGUCACCGAUGCUACCGUUGCGGCCGCCCUUGUACUCGAAUCGUCAUAGUCAACUCGAACGGGUCGAUCAAAAGAGUAGAGGCACAGAUGAGAGGGGGUUUCACAAGAUCAACGCCUUAAUCUUGGACCAGUUCAGUUUGGACCCAGUAAUUCGUCAUCAGAUCAGAACCGUCAAAAACACUGAUUUAUUUAUUUGUGAUGAUGAAGAUCUUAAACACAGAUUCAUUGUUUUGGUUAAACGUUUUGUCAACGGGUCAACUGAAUAGAAAAGUCCCAGCCUCUUCAAGAAGAUUAAUUAAAUUUAUUAGUGGGUGGUGUAGGUGGGUUUACGUCAUCCACCAAAUAUUGCAAGUUUAAACCCCACUAUCUUCUGUCUCUCUUUUCUAAAUUUUUUUUAGUUUAUUUUACGGUUGUGCCCUUUUACUUUAAUGUGGAAAGAAUUAAAUUACUGUAGAUGUAUUUAGUUAUGAAAGAAGAUACUCCAUAUAUUAAUGUUAGUGAAAGUUGUGGA